AUGCAUUUGACUUUUGUAAUUUUCCAUUAUCCAUUCUUCCUUUUUCAUUCUUUAUUUCAUCCUUUUUCUCCUCUUUCUCUGACACCUUUUUAUCUGUUUAGUCGCUUAGUCUCUCUUUUUGUUCAUCUCCCUUUCUUUCUUUUUUUCCAGCUUUCUUUAAUUAGUCCUCUCUUCAAACUCCGUCUUCUUUUUUCUCUUUCAGCUUCCCUCUCCUUUUCUUCUUAUUUAGUUUACUCUUCUGUUUAUUUCUCUCCUCAGCUUUCUGUUCCUUUUCUUCUCAUCCAGCUUCGUCACCUUUUUCUCUUCUCUUCUAGAAUCCUCUUCUUUUUCUUCUCUGCUUGCUUUCUCUUCAUUUACUUUUCAAGCUUUCUUUUCUCUUUCUUUUUCUCUUCUGGCUUUCCUUUUCUUCUUCUUCUUCUUCUUCUUCGAGCUUACUCUACUUUUAUCUACUUUUAUUCCAGCUCUCCACUUUUUUUUUAUUUUCUUUCAGCUUACUCUCCAUUUUCGCUUCCAAUGUUCGGGCAGUUCAACUAUUUCAUUAAGAGACGGGAACACCUUGUCAAUGACAAUAAGUUUCUUCUUCUUUACACCCUUAUUCUUUUUUACCCCCUCCUCACACUCUUCUUCUUCUUCUUCUUCUUCUUCUUCUUAUUAUUAUUAUUAUUAUUAAAGAUUAUCUUUUUUCUUUCUUUUACCAUUCCCACUUCUUUUUAUAGCUUGGUACAACUUAGAAUAUUUCUUUCUUUCUUUUUCGUUAUCCCUUUCUUUCUCGCUUCCCACGUUCAUUGUCUUUAUACAGGAGUUUUUCUCGAAUGUUCACGACCUUUUCUCCCCUUCCUUCCUUUUUUUCUUAAUCCCCUUCUUUUUCUUGUUUUUCCUUUCUCGUUUUAUGCAGCCUCUUUUUCAUUGUCCCUGACUUUUAUUAUAUUGACUUUCUUUUCCUUUUUCUUUCUUACAUUCUGUCUCCUAUAUAUUUUCUUUCUUUCUUUCUUUCUUUCUUUCUUUCUUUCUUUCUUUCUUUCUUUCUUUCUUUCUUUCUUUCUUUCUUUCUAUUCGUUCUUUUUGUAUUUUGUCUUCCGGUCUGUUUCAGCCGUUUCCCGCCAAAAUAUUAAUUACCCAACAAUUUCACUAUCAAAGUCCUUCACUCACAGCUCAACAGGUACAGUCUGUUUAGGUUCAAUCAUAAUGCUAUAUUUGGAACGCCAUGUCAAUACAGUGCUUUUGUUGUUCUUGUUGCUGCUGCGUCGUCUGUUGAACACAGCGUUUGUUCAUCAAGUGUCAGUAUUGCAUCUAAUCUACAACUGGCAUUUUCUCUCUUUGUCUAUGUCUCUCACCAUUCAUUCAUUAAUUAAUUCAUUCAUAUCUAUCUAUCUAUCUAUCUAUCUAUCUAUCUGGGUUGAGUGUCCCGAUAUCUUGGUUAUGUUAUUUUUCACUCGCACCUCUUAG